AUGAAGUUUAGUUUGAAAAUACUCAAUUGUGGGAUGCACUGGCAUCAAGAAAUGUUCGGCCACAAAGUUCUCACAGUUCUUUUCUCUAUUAUCUCAUGCUCAAUCUUAUGCGCUGCUCAACUCCCUUACAUGGAUGAUGGCCAUCAUACCUCAUUGCCUACUGCCUUUGAGUUCAAAGACUUGAAUAUCAGUCGUUAUUUUGGUAUCAACGUGGAAUGCUCUGGUACACCAUCAUACCAAAAAAUUUACGUUCAAAAUACUACAUCAUUUACUUUUUACAUGGGUAUUCCCAACACAACUGUUCUACUAGAUUAUAGACCGGCUUUAUGGAUAAUGGGCGCUAAUGUUGUGGUGCCAGAUGAAUAUGAUGGUGCCUAUGGAGACAGUUAUUAUGAUUACGACAUCCAUGUCCCAACUGAGUUCCAGGGAUAUAGAAUAUCCACCGAAACGACUCCUGCUUGGACUGGGUUUGAUGAAGAUGACGUAUCUGGAAUUGUUUUGCUGGCAACAAAGGUAAACAUCAGCAGUCCAGGCUAUGUUUAUUUUGUGGUAGAGCCCGAAAGUAAUAGAAGAGCACGUAUUUGGACAUGCGUUGGUAAAAAUGAAGUUGACAUUAAUGAAGACGGCAUGGCCUCAGAAAUUGAGGAAAGUGCUUGGUGGAAUGAUAAAACGUAUCCACUUCUCGGUGAGCGCUGUUUUAACUAUUAG